AUGUGUAGACCUUUGUUUAUAAUUGAUCAGGAAAAGUUAAAGAAAAUCAACUUUGAAUUGUUGGAAAGAAAAGAUAAUUUUAUUGAUAAUUUUGCAAAAAGAAAUAGAGAAAGAAAUUUUAAAGUUAUUGAGCAGCUUGGAUUAUUAUUUACAGAAAAGAGUCUAAAAGGAAUGACUUUUAAUGAUUUAUUAAAACGAGGCAAGGUGGAGUAUUUAGAUGUUAAGGAAUCAAACAAUUGUAAAAUUGCAUUUACAUUGGAUGAUAUCACGUGUGAUACCACUCAUUUGGAAAUUUCUGAAAUUUCCAUUUUAGGAAAUAUUGUAGCAUCUGUUCCAUUCCCAGACCAUAACCAGUCACCAAGAAAUACAUACCAGUGUGCAAUGGGUAAGCAGGCUAUUGGUCACAUAGCAACAAAUGUAAAGAAGAGAUUUGAUAAUGCCAUUUUGCAACUUAACUAUACACAAAGACCAUUAGCGGCUUCUAAAAUACUGGAUAUUAAUAAGUAUAAUUCUAUACCAUCAGGACUAAAUGCCAUGGUUGCAGUAAUGAGUUAUUCAGGUUAUGAUAUUGAAGAUGCUAUAAUAUUGAAUCAAGGAUCAGUUGAUAGGGGAUUUGCUAGGGUAGAAGUUUAUAAGACAAUUAAAAUUGAAUUAAAAAAAUUUAGCAAUGGUGCCAAUGAAACUAUUUAUAGUUCAGCAAAAUCAAGUGGUUUAGUAGAAGUUGGGCAAUUAGUUAAACAAGGAGAUCCUUUAGUAGUAAAAAUAUCACCAGAAGACAAGAAUAUCAUUACAAUAAGACAUAAGGGCAAACCUUGUUAUAUUGAUAAAGUUUUACUUUCAAAGAGUGAGGAUGAGAAUAUGAUUAAAAUAGUAACGAGAGAAACAAGGGUACCAGUUGUUGGUGAUAAAUUUAGUUCAAGACAUGGACAGAAAGGUGUUGUAGGAGCUAAAUUUCCACUUUCAGACAUGCCUUUCAAUGAACAAGGAAUGGUACCAGAUAUAAUUAUGAAUCCACAUGGUUUUCCAUCAAGAAUGACUGUAGGAAAAAUACUUGAAUUAAUUGGAGGUAAAGCAGGUGCUAUUGUUGGUGAAUAUGCUGAUGCAACACCCUUUAAUGAUAAUGAAGUAGAAGAUUUUUGCAAUGUUUUAACUAAAAAUGGAUUUUCAUAUUCUGGUAAAGAUAUUUUUACAAGCGGUACAACUGGAGAACAAUAUGAAGCUUAUAUAUUCUAUGGACCUAUUUUCUACCAGAGAUUAAAGCAUAUGGUUGCAGAUAAAAUUCACUGCAGGUCAAGAGGACCAAGGGCUGUGCUUACUCGCCAACCUACAGAAGGUAGAUCUAAUGAUGGAGGUCUUCGUUUAGGAGAAAUGGAAAGAGAUUGUUUAAUAGGAUAUGGAGCAGGUUCUCUAUUGAAGGAAAGGUUAAUGUUUGCUUCAGAUGUUUAUAAAAUAUUUGUAUGUAAAAAGUGUGGUAUUAUUGGUUAUAAGAACUGUUGUACUAUUUGUAAUGCUAAUGAAAUAUCACCUAUUGAAAUUCCUUAUGCAGCUAAAUUAUUAUUUCAAGAAUUGAUGGCUAUGAAUGUUUUACCAAAAAAAAUUUUAAAAGACAAAUAA